UAUGGUGGGCAAUGUUAUCCCCACCAAAACCAAUCAUCUCCAACCCCAAAUUCUCACUCACCCCUUUAAACCUAUUAUCACCAAAACGGCCACCAGGGUCAAAAUGGUCCAUUGGACUUGGACCUCCGCCGUCAUCGGAGCCGCCACCACCGCCGCACUAAUAUCCAUAAGACCCAAAGACCCAAUAUUCCACGUAGUCUCAAUCAACAUAACCUCCUUCAAACUCAGCAUCCCCUUCAUCGACGCCGAGGUAACCCUGACCGUCAACGUCACCAACCCCAACGCCGUCCCAAUCCACUACUCUUCAACCGAGAUGUCAAUCUUUUAUGCCGGAUCUUUGCUCGGGUCGGCUCAGGUGUCGGCUGGGUCGCAGCCGCCGAGGUCGUGUCAGCUGCUGCAUCUGCCGGCGCGGCUGAAGAGCGUGGAGCUGGCCCACCAUGGGGUGCAGUUUAUGGCGGAUGUGGGGCGGCGGGAGAUGGUGUUGGAUGCGACGGUGGAUAUUGAAGGAGUGGCUAGGGUGGUGUGGUGGGGACAUAAGUUUAAGGUGCACGUGGAGAGUCACGUUACGGUUGAUCCUGUUUUUCUUGAUGUUGUGGAGCAGGAGAAUAAAUCUGAUUUGGAGUUGUUUGUAACUUGAUCAAUUAUAAAAUGAUAAUGUCAUUUGUUGUCUUUGGUUUAAUUAUCAAUAAGUUUUUUGAAAAACUGAAUUUAAUA